AUGGUGAACAUCCCAGAGUACUAUGCGGGGAAGAGUGUGCUGAUCACGGGAGCCACCGGCUUCAUGGGCAAGGUGCUUCUUGAGAAGCUGCUGAGGUCCUGCCCAGGAGUCAAAGUUGUGUACGUGAUGGUCAGGCCAAAAGCUGGCCAGAGCCCUCACGCACGCAUCGCUGACAUGAUCAACUGCAAGUUGUUUGAAAGAUUGCAAGAUGAACAGCCCGGCUUUGCGGAGAAGAUAAUCGCAGUGAGCAGCGACCUCACGCAGCCAGAGCUGGACCUGAGUAAAGAGGACCAGGCCACUCUGACUGAACACGUUAACAUUGUCUUCCACUGCGCCGCCACCAUCCGCUUCAAUGAACCACUCAAAGAUGCGAUGCAGCUGAACGUCCUGGCCACUCAGAAGAUGGUGGCACUGGCCCACAGGAUGAAGCAGCUGGAGGUCUUCAUUCACAUCUCCACUGCUUACGCCAACUGUGACCGCGAGCUCAUCGAAGAAAUCAUCUAUCCUCCGCCUGUAGAUUACCGGAAACUCAUCGAUACACUGGAAUGGAUGGAUGAGAAGCUGGUGUCUGUGCUGACUCCCAAGCUGAUUGGAGAGCGUCCAAACACCUACACCUACACCAAGGCCUUGGCCGAGUAUCUGGUGCAGCAGGAGGCUGGAAACCUCAAUGUAGCCAUCGUCAGACCAUCCAUAGUCGGAGCCAGCUGGAAGGAGCCCUUCCCUGGCUGGAUUGAUAACUUCAAUGGGCCUAGUGGGAUAUUCAUAGCAGCUGGUAAGGGCAUCUUGCGUACAAUGAGGGCAUCUAACAACGCCGUGGCCGACCUGGUCCCCGUGGACGUGGUCAUCAACACCACGCUCGCCGCCGCUUGGUACUCCGGAUCACAGAGGCACAACAGGCCUAAAAACAUCCUGGUAUACAACUGCACAACUGGUGGAAUCAACCCGUUUCACUGGGGAGAAGUCGAGUACUGUAUAAACAUGACCUUCAAGACCAACCCAUUAGAGCAGGCCUUCAGAAGGCCCAAUGUCAAUCUGCGCUCCAACGCUUUUACUAAUCAGUACUGGACGACUGUCAGCCACACGCUGCCAGCCCUGCUCUAUGACGGCUAUCUCAGACUGACGGGCCGCAAGCCCCGGAUGAUGAAGACAAUCACUCGCCUCCACAAAGCCAUGAUGGUCCUGGAGUAUUUCACCAGUCACUCCUGGGUGUGGCACACUGACAACAUCGCCAUGCUGAUGGCUCAGAUGAGCGCCGACGACAAGAAGGUGUUUAAUUUUGACGUGCGUCAGCUGCACUGGGCAGAGUACAUGGAAAGCUAUUGCAUGGGCACCAAGAAGUACGUCCUCAAUGAAGAGCUUUCAGGACUGCCUGCUGCACGCAAACACCUAAACAAACUGAGGAACAUCCGCUACACCUUCAACACCAUCCUGGUCGUGCUCAUCUGGCGCAUCUUCAUCGCGCGGUCCCAGAUGGCCCGAAACAUCUGGUACUUUGUGGUCAAGCUCUGCUUCAAGUUCCUUUCCUACUUCAGAGCCUCCUCCACCAUGAGAUACUGAGUCAGAGACGUGAAGGCGGCUUUGGCGGAGGCAUGAAAAAAACGAAAGGACUCUAAGGUUGUGGAUGAUUCAGUGCUUGAAUUAACAGCCCUUAAUAACGGUCUACCUUGCUACCUAUCUCUGGUCCUUACCCCGACACUCAAGGCUUACAUGGAAGCAUUAAAACAGUGUGAACAUCGUGAACACAGACUAGCACUUGGGCUGGUGUGGACUUCAGGCUUGUCGAGCAAUCCAGUCGUUGCAUAUCUUGGAUCUCUAAGCAUUUCAUGAAACAGCAUAGCACAUGGACGUUAUCCCAAAUGUAACAGCCCUCGGCCUGAAGCCCCAGCCCUGCACCGCAGACAAGCAGCACUUGGACUAUUUGGCUCCCGGCUAGCACUCAAGAAGCAAAGCCCCCCCCUCUAUGCCCUUGUUCCUCUCAUUUCCCCUCUCUUCUCUCCAAACGCCCGAUCCAGCACCAGCCUCACUCCCACAGAUCCCCCAAGUUCUGCAGCAGCCCUCGUCCACUCCACUCGCCUGUCUACCUGCCUGGCUGUCUGCCUGCAACAAAAGGCUAUGCACUGGAAGAUGCUCUGCUGCAAAAACUCUGAGCUGGUUUCGGGUCAGUCCAGGCUCUGUGAUACUGUUACUGUAGGUCAGUCUUCUAAAACCUUGCAACUCCAGAUUUUCAUGUUUUCCUUUUCUUUGUUUUCCCCUGAAUUUCAAGUUUGUGUGCUGAAUCUUUUUGGCGCUCACGGGAACCUUUUUUUAAAACCGAGUGGCAGAUGAUGACACCAUAGUAUUGGCGUCAUCAGCCAGAAAGUGUAAUUUUCCCAGCGCCUGGUCAGGAAUUUUCAUCUGACAGCAGCAUUUCGUUAGUGAAAGCAUUAAGGCGUGAGAGAAGCGGCUCUGUGAAGAUAGUUGGAAGCAGCUAUACCUCUCAAUCAAAACAAAGGUGUGUUCAAGGACAGGUUGGACUAAGGAGCAUUGUUUAAACACUGUUUUGUCCCCACCCACAAGACCAUUCCCUUAGCCAAAGCCAUUUCAACCAAGAUUUCGAGGGUGGGUUCCACACAGCCGCACAGAGAGUUGACAUUUCAGGGGUUUGGAAGCGAGCUUAUUGAAGCAUCUUUCUGCUUUACUGAUCCUGCCCUCACCAGGGCUUUCAGUCUGCUUUGGUGAAUCGUUUACAUUUUUUCCCGUUUUAGUCUGGGCAGCGACAGAUGCCCAACAGCAAUGCACUUCUGUACGUUUGAAGCAGACUGCAGCGGCUGGCUUCCUAAUUAUAUGACCAAGCACAAGGUAGAUUCUAAUGUGAUGGCUUUUUUAUCCAGUGCCUAAAAAAAAUAAAAAAUAUUCUUGCAUCAGCAGAUCUUGCAGUUCAAGCUUCUACGGCUUUUUUUCUCUCUUGUAUGAAAGCCAUUUUCUGACCGUCACCUUACAACUGUUUUUGCCAAAAUACCUCUUAGUUAACGUGUAGAUAAGACAGAAGAUACUGUCAGGCUAGGGAGAGACGCAUUUAGAUAGAAAUACUUGCGGUGCACUGGAUUUAGCUUGCCUUGCAAGGAGAGUUUUCACUCCUUUUUCUCCAAUUUGUUCAACAAGCUAAACGAAACACACCGACUGUUGGUUUAUAUCUUGAAUGAGUCGCCGAAGAAUGGAUAUUACUAUAUUGAUGUCAUUCAUAUUGCGUUUUGUUUUUAGUAAACUGCUUUUCAAGUAGCUCUAACCGUAGCUCACUCAUUUUUCUGAGAGGUUUGUUCCUUUACCGUAGUCGUCAUCAUUUGUGUUAAUUUUCAUCGGUGUCGUAGUUCAUCUUAUUUCUUGGUGUGUGCACAGGUCUGUCGUCGUCGUCUCGUGCUUAUGCUGUCGACGAACCUCCAGUUACUUACCUGUACCAUUCUGAUGCCUUCACCACGUAGAAUAAUUGCCUCGUGAGACAAUAAUUCUAGUGUAAUAACUGAGAUAGCAACAUAAGCUGAAAGUGCAUUUUCUCGCAUCAUGUUUCUUUCCGGGGUGUGUGUGUAGGAGUUGACCAGCAAUGCCAUAUUACAGAUUCUGUCUUUAAUGAACUCAGAGGUUGUCUUACAUACCCGGGCUUUACCUGGGUAGUUGUGCACUUUGUCACAUUUGUCUUCUCUGUUUCUUACCUCUGUCAUUUCUCUCAUGUUGUACAUAGUCAUGUGUGAAGGAGGUAGGGUGUGACUGAGGACUGAUCCUUGGCUGUACUCGGAUUUUGGAGUGUGUUAAAAUCCGAGCAACCUGAACACUUACAUGAUGUGGAUGUGUUAGUGUGAUUAAGGAACUGUGUUUUGGUCUCGGCACUCUUACAGCAUGAGCCAUUUUGAAUCAGAUCGUAUGAUUUAAGACGAGAAAAGAAAAAAAAAACACCCUUUGGAAAGACGUGUGUCCGUGUGAAUCGUGCCUGAACUUUGUCAAUAUUGUAACAAUGUGAAAAGAGAGCAAUCAGAUCUAUGUUUUCUAAUCAUUUUGUGUA